UUGUGUGUGUAAAAUCUCCAGCGACUGCACCCUGCCCCGCUGGCACAUGAGUGACUUUUUCCAUUCGUUCCUCAUUGUGUUCCGAGUGCUUUGUGGGGAGUGGAUAGAGACCAUGUGGGACUGCAUGGAGGUGGCUGGACCGACCAUGUGCAUCAUUGUCUAUAUGAUGGUCAUGGUGAUUGGAAACCUUGUGGUGCUCAACCUGUUCCUGGCCUUGCUGCUGAGUUCAUUCAGCGCAGACAACCUGGCUGCCACAGAGGACGACAGCGACACCAACAAUUUGCAGAUCGCCAUUGCACGGAUCCACAAAGGCAUCGCCUUUGUCAAAUCCCUGCUUCAAAGCACCUGUAACAGCGUCUGCCUCAGGAGUAACGAGCAAAACCAGGGAGAGGACAAAUCAUCCCUGGAGGAUUUCCAUAAAGCUUCGGGACCCAACGGCAUCCCCAACCAUACCAUUAAACAGCUACCGAGGAACGGAAACGGGGAUGUGACAGGGGUGGACAAAAGUGGGGACAAGUACAUCGUCUGCAGCAAGACCGACGAUUCCAUCAUGUCUUUCAUCAACAACCCCAGUCUGACUCUCAAUGUUCCCAUCGCGGUGGGGGAGUCCGACUUUGAAAACCUCAACACGGAGGACUUCAGCAGUGUCUCAUCCGAUGCAGCGGGAUGCCGUGUGGUAAGGCUGCUCUUCAAAAUUUCUCUCUGCAAUUUUAUUUAUUUAUUUAUUUUAUCAGCUGCACAUUUUGGCAUCUAGAUUUCAAAAAGGGACAAAAAUAGGCAAGAGGGUGGAGUGCAGGCCC